GCAGUCGAUCUGCAGCUGAGCCGAGUCCAGAAAACCAAAAACUCCUCGUCAUCGCCUCUCCGGCCCUCCGCUCCCUUUUGCAUUCCCCCCUCAACACAUUUAACGCCACCACCUCCUCAAAACGGCAACUGCGUGACCUCCGGAGCCUCCCAACACCACUAGCUCCUUCUUUCCCUCCUCUCCCAACAAGGAGCUCGCGCCAUCACCGCCGCCGCCGCGGCCACUGGUGGAAGCGAGGUGGCAGCAGGGGAGGCGCGAUGGGCAACUGCCAGGCGGCGGAGGCGGCGGAGGUCGUCAUCCAGCACCCCGGCGGCAAGGCGGAGCGGCUCUACUGGCCCACCACCGCCGCCGACGUCAUGCGGACCAACCCCGGCCACUACGUCGCGCUCGUCAUCCUCCGCCUCUCCCCCGCCGAUAAGGCCGCCGCCGCCGGGGACGAGGCGGCGGCCGCGGCCGUCGUCGGGGCGGGAGGCGCCGCCAAGAUCACCCGGGUCAAGCUCCUCAAGCCCAAGGACACGCUCCACCUCGGCCAGGUCUACCGCCUCAUCACCGCGCAAGAGGUGACCAAGGCGCUGCGGGCGAGGAAGAACGACAAGGCGCGGCGGUGCGAGGCCAUCAGGCAGCAGCACGAGCAGCUCCGGCGCGGCGACGGGGGCGCGGAGCAGGGAGCCUGUGAGCAGGAUGCGAAGCGGGACAAGGACCGGCACCGGAGCUCCGGCGGAGCGCAGCCGGCCGGGGCCGGGAGAGGCCGGCACUGGCGGCCGUCCCUGCAGAGCAUAUCCGAAGCCGCAGGCCAGAGCAGCAGCAGCAGCAACAGCAUCUCUGAAUCCACUACGAGCUAAUUGCCGUUCUCCUUUCUUUUUCUUCUUAGUAGUAUAAAAAGUGCUUGGAGUUGGACCUACCAGAGAAAAAACUUGUAAAAAUCAGAGUGCCAGAGCAGCAGCAGCAAUAGGGAAAGCUUGUUUCAUCUCUCGUGUAAUUGCCAUGGUGAAACCGAGUGUUUUCAAUGGAGUGGCUUGCAACUUUGCAAAUUCUAUGGCCCUGUUUGGAACACAUGAAUUCCCGGGUAUUUCGCCAAUUCCUCACGCCUGUUUCCAGUGGAACGAGUAGCUUGUUCAUGAGCAGAAAGGAAGCUUUUACCUGUAAUAAUCACUUGGCAAACACAAGAUUUCCGGAAAAAAAUAUUCCGCAA